UGAUUUGAUUUCAUAGAAACUUUUCCAUGAUCCAUGUUAUGUUUGGUAAACAUUAAAAACGUGACGAAAGUCCAGACUGUAGAUCUAGAUCUAGAUCUAUGCUCUACAAAUCAAUGAUUUAAUCUAAAUAAGUAAACUAUUAUAUCUAGUCUAGACGAUGCCGAAAAUAGGCGCAUGCUAUACAAGUGCCGGGUGCAAUCGUUGUCCUUUUAGUGCUGACUGGGGAAGAAACGGCAUAAUUUGUUUUGCAUACAACCAUGCAGUAGCAGUUUAUAAACCAGAGGUAAAAAUGGGUUUCUCCUUUUCUGCUGGUAUAGAAAAAACAUAUAUAGGUCAUACAGAUAAAGUGAAUUGUGUCAAAUGGAUCAACAAUGGAAUUCAAGAUGAAUUUGAGAUUGUGUCAGGUUCUACUGACAGUACCAUCAAUGUCUGGCAGUACAGACAGGAUUCAGCAGCCAGUGAACCAAUAUGUACUCUUAAAGGACACACUGGCUCAGUGACGUGUUUGUCUGCCCUUUAUCUAGAUAUGGAAAAUGACUCAGAGUCUAGAGAAACUUUAAUUGUGUCAGCUUCUAUUGACUCGACUGUUAGAAUCUGGUCCAGGAAAAGUUUAGAAACCAAAGAAAAUCAGGUGUUGAUCUUUGGUUCAGGGUUUGCAUUAUCUUUAUCCACGUUUAUUAUACCAGGAACAAGAGUGCCGCUACUUGUAUGUGGGUGUGAUGAUCAUAAUAUACAUUUAUAUUUAAGAGGCUCAGAUCUACAGUUUACUCAAUUAAUAGUUCUGACUGGCCAUGAAGAUUGGAUCAGAGAUUUGCAAUUUGUUGCAGAUGACUUUGGUAAUAUUUUACUGGCCAGUUGUGCUCAAGAUCAUCUCAUUAGAAUCUGGAAGUUAUCAAGAAAGUCAGAAACUCAAACUGUAAUUCAAGACUCUAAGCCUGUGUCUGAACUUAAGGAGGAUGAAUGUAUUACAGUCAAAGAAACCAUUAUAUCUCACCAUGAUGCAGAUGGUGCAUUUAUCUUUGCUAUAACAUUGGAGUCUGUCCUGUGUGGUCAUGAGAAUUGGGUGUAUAGUGUUAGAUGGCAACCUGUGCAAGUGUUAGAGAAUGGUUCAAGUCAUCAACCAAUGAAACUUCUUUCUGCUUCCAUGGACAAGACCAUGAUACUUUGGGCACCUGAUGCAGACACCGAGAUGUGGAUGGAACAGGUUCGUGUAGGAGAUGUUGGGGGCAAUACUUUAGGCUUCUUUGGUGGUCUCUUUAGUCCUUGUGGUCUGUCUAUUCUUGCCCAUGGUUACCAAGGAGCAUUCAACCAGUGGUCUUUUAACUCGGCCACAAAAAUGUGGGUGCCUCAGGUAACUGGUGGAGGUCAUUUUGGGUCAGUAGUCGAUAUUGCAUGGUCUGCUGAAGGAGGUGACUUUCUUCUGAGUGCUAGUGCUGAUCAAACACUGAGGCUACACGCUCCUUGGGUACGAAAAACACAUGAACCUACAUGGUUUGAAAUUGCACGACCACAGAUUCAUGGUUAUGAUCUUCAGUGUCUGGCUGUACUAGAUAAAUAUUCUUUUGCAUCAGGAGCAGAUGAAAAGCUUGUAAGAGUUUUUAAAGCUCCCAGAAAUUUUAUCAACAACUUUUGUCACAUCUGUGGUCAUGAUGUAAACAAUGAACUACAGCGUCUGGGCUGUGCAUCACUGCCUGAAGGGGCCAACGUCUCAGCUCUUGGCUUAUCAAAUAAAGCUGUUUAUACAGACAAUGACAAAAGUGAACAAGUCAUAGAAGAACAAAAUUCUAAAAGUGGCCAAUAUCCUGAAAACUAUUUCAUUCCUAUUGAUUUAAAAGCCCCACCUAGUGAGGACCUCUUAUUACAGAAUACAUUGUGGCCAGAAGUAGCUAAAUUAUACGGUCAUGGCUAUGAGAUAUUUUCUUUAGCUGCCAGUCCAGAUGGAAAGUUGCUGGCUUCUGCAUGCAAGGCUGCAAAGGCUGAGUCUGCCAACAUUCUGGUCUGGAACAUGGACACUAAAAAGAUCAUGAUGUCACUGAGUGGUUGUACACUAACUGUCACACAGAUGGCUUUCAGUCAUGAUGGAAACAGACUUCUGGCUGUGUCCAGGGACAGGUCAUGGACACUGUACAAAAAGUCUGGAGAUCAUUUUGUCAUUGAAUCGAGUGUUGAUAAGAAAACUACUCCACAUUUGCGAAUAAUUUGGUCCUGUUGUUGGACUCAUGAUGACCAGUUCUUUAUCACAGCAGCAAGAGAUAAAAAGGUAAUGCUCUGGUCAACUAAAGAUGUAGUUAGUAAAUUGCCACCAACACCUUUAUCAACACUCACAGUUACUGAAUCUGCCACUGCAGUAGCUGCUGCUCCAUGUUUAGUUCUCAACACCAGAUAUCUGAUAGCUGUUGGCAUGGAAAAUGGAGUCAUCUUGAUAUAUAAUUGGUCUCAAAAUACAGAUACAGUUCAAAACAGUGAAAAUGGAUGGACUCUAGUCACUUCAUUAGAUCAAAGUCAAGCUCAUCAUCUUAAUGUCAACCGGUUGGUCUUCAGGCCAAAAAAAGGAUGUUUAGGGUAUAAAGAAAAUCAUUCUGAUUGGUUGCAGCUAGCCAGUUGUGGCUCAGAUGGGGCUUUAAGAGUUUAUAAUAUUGAUUUAACAACAUUAUGAUUGGAACCAAUUAUUGUAAACUAUUGUACAAUGUAAUAAUUAUUUUAAUAAAUAUCUUUUAAUGUA